UAGCAAACUUUAGUCAGUGAGAUAAAAAAUAAUAACAACACCUAACCUAACGGUUUAAUUGAAUGACAGUUAAUUGGUUAGGUUAAACACCGAUAGAUGAUAAAUUCGCAACUUUGGAGACAAUAAUUAAACCGGUAAGUAUAUAAUCGAUAAUGGCAAGCGUUGAGAAGGCGAGUGACGAAGCGACGUAUGUAAAUCCGAAAAAGUUUAAGUCGUCGAACGAGGAACCGCAGGAGAGCAAAAAAUACAGUGUGCACGAGUCUUUGAAGGAUUUGUCAAAGUUCCAGUUGAAACGUGUGUUGAAUAACAAUGCGCAAAAGAAAUUACUGUGCGUUGAAGGGACAUUUGCAGAUCACGACGGCGCAGCCAUAGUUUUGCUGGAGAAGAAAGCUUUUGUCGAGGAGAAGCUGGACGAGCAUCUUUUCAACGAAAGCUCCAAACUCAGUAAAGAAUUCGAAAACGAUGUUUACGGAAAUUACAAUUGCUUUCCAUCCAUUGAGCACAACAGUAUUAAGACUACAAUCAUUCACCCGGCAAUGGAAAAACAUAUUGCAAAAUUUGAAAAUCAACCGAUCCAUAUCGUUGAAGAAACUCCAAAGCUUUACGAGGAAAUCACUUUGCCCCAUUUGAAAAAGGAACAAUUUUCGCUGCAGUGGGUGUAUAACAUUUUGGAGCACAAGGCCGAGAAAGAAAGAAUAGUCUUUGAAGAUCCAGACCCUAAAACAGGCUUUGUUUUGAUACCAGAUUUGAAAUGGGACGGAAGUCUGGAAACUUUGUACCUCUUGGCAAUUCCGAUGCUAAAGGGAAUAAAAUCAAUUAGAGAUUUGGACCAAUCGCAUUUGCCGUUGCUUAAGAACAUUCGCGACGCCGGCACAAAAGCAAUUUCUAAGAAAUACAGCGGACUUCCAGCAUCGCAGCUUAGAAUUUAUUUUCACUAUCAACCCUCGUUCUAUCAUCUUCACAUUCAUUUCACAUAUUUGAAAUAUGACGCUCCAGGUAUAUUCACUGAAAAGGCUCAUCUGCUGUCCACAGUCAUUAACAACAUUGAAAUGAUGGGAGAAUAUUAUUCUAAAGCUACUUUAUCGUUUGUUGUCAAAGAAUCGGAGACCUUGUUUUCUAAAUAUCAAGCACAUGGAGUUUUAUCCUCACAAUCUGUAGAGAAAAAAUAGUUCUAAGAUUCCUUUGUACUUUAAACACGGCACGUGCAGAGAUAAUAGUGAAUAAAUUUUUUCUCUUUCAAUCGUGAA